UUUAGCAGACGAUGCUCCAGUAAAUGGCGUGUCAAAGUUUGAAAUAACAGAAUAUUGUUGUGUUUGUAAAAAUGGAGAAACAAAAAGAAGAAUUAGACUUUUCGUCUACUGAGUUUAAUGCUUUAGAAGCAUUAACUAGUCCCCAUGUCAUUGUCCCAAUUCCUGACGCGCCGAUGUACAAUAACUUAGGUCAAUUUGUUUCAACAAUAAACCGCGCAAGAGCGAGGCAGGCCCAAGGAGAUGCAGCAGGUCCCAGUACUCGGGACACCAUCAACACCCUCAACUCCCUCAACCCAUUAAAGCGAAGGUUUCUACCCCAUCAGGAACCGGUUAUGGGCCGAGGUCGGAGCCGACCGCUACGUAAUCUGCUCACGCGCAUGGACGAGGUCACGCGGGGUCCUAUGAGCGUCCUACGCAAUUGCAUGAUCAACAAAACCAGAGUCAAGGUUUGGAUACGUGGUGCGACGUGGAUCCGCGGUUUUUGCACGGGCUACAUCGCCGCGUUUGAUAAACAGUGGAACUUGGCAAUGACCGACGUCGACGAAACAUUUACACGUCGGCGCCAUAGGAAAACUCCCAUUUUGGGUCCGGUAGAUCACAUCACAGAAGCUCUUGGCUCGUUGACAACGUGUAGCGCCAGCGGAUCACAAGAAUCAUCCGCCGCCGCAUUGCCUAACCGGAGGAAACCUGACCCUUUGACUGGAUUAGCCAUCCAAUGCAAACCCAUUGAUCGUAAGCAAGAAUUAUGCCAGCGGCACAUUCAACAGAUAUUCAUACGCGGAGAACAGGUCGCACUAGUUGCCGUUUUACCUGUAUGAUUUGUUCUUUUUCCUUUGAAUUUAUCUCGAGUUUUUGUAACAAAAAGAA